AUGGAGCCCAGAAAGAUCAUCCACCAUGUCCAGGGCAUCUACGGCGGCCAAACGACACGCGGCACCUUGCGGUUGACAGACUUUCACAUGGUGUUUUGUGCCCCUGUGGACUCGGCUGGAAGCGCCUCGUCCGGCCUGGCCACGCCGCCUAAGACGCGCGAGCGAUGGCUUACCUUUCCGAUGCUGUCGUACUGCGCGUUCCGGCCCACUCCUCCCGUCUCCCGCCAGGCUCCGUCUAUUCGCAUUCGCUGCCGCGAUUUUACCUUCGUCACCUUCAACUUUUCGGACAACGAUGCUGCCCGUGACGCCUUCGACUUCAUCAGGGCGCGGACUUGUAAGCUGGGAACCGUGGAAAGGCUCUUUGCCUUCAACCACAAGCCCCUGGAGAACGAGCAGGGAACCAACGGCUGGCAAAUCUACGACCCAAAGGCAGAGUUUCGGAGGCAGGGCAUCAGCGAAAAGCUCCCCGACAAAGGCUGGAGAAUUACAAACAUCAACAAGGACUAUUGUUUUUGCGACACCUACCCCGCUGUCUUGGUCGUGCCUUCCAAGAUCUCGGAUAACGUCCUCAAGUACGCCAGGGAGUUUCGAUCUCGGAACCGAGUGCCAGUGUUGUCCUACAUCCAUCCCGUCAACAACUGCACCAUUACGAGAAGCUCCCAGCCGUUGGCCGGAAUCACGAGGAAGACCAAUGUCCAGGACGAGAAGCUUGUCGCUGCCUCCUUCUCCGCCUGGAUGCCCGGCGGAUCCGAGGAGCCCACGCCUUCAUCAAGCCAGCCGGAGACUUCGAAUGGGAGCGGCAUCGUGGAGCCGGAGCUGUCCGAAACCGAGCGCUACGAAGAUGAGCUCAUAUCGAGGUCGGCCGCAAUCUACGACGAGAAGACUGGGGAGCAGCUGGUGUACGGCCGCCAACAGACCAACAUGAUUGUCGACGCUCGACCCACAAUCAAUGCCAUGGUGAACCAGGUCCAGGGCAUGGGCUCGGAGAACAUGGACAAGUAUCCAUUCGCGAGGAAGUCUUUUCUUAGUAUCGAAAAUAUCCACGUCAUGCGAAACUCUCUCAACAAGGUCGUCGAGGCACUCAAGGACGCCGACGUCUCUCCCCUCCCGCCCAACCGAGAGCUGCUGCAACAGAGCGGCUGGCUGCGGCAUGUAUACAGCGUCCUCGACGGCUCGGCAAUCAUUGCGCGCCGAAUCGGCAUCAAGCACUCCCACGUCCUCAUCCACUGCUCCGAUGGCUGGGACCGCACGAGCCAGCUCAGCGCCCUGGCCCAGAUAAUGCUGGAUCCGUACUACAGAACCCUCGAGGGAUUCAUCGUCUUGGUGGAAAAGGAUUGGUUAUCGUUUGGCCACAUGUUUAGGCUGCGAUCUGGCCAUCUCAACCACGAGGACUGGUUCACUGUCCAGAAAGAUGCCUUUGCCGGCUCGAGGGUCCAACCUGGGGACAACGACGGGCGCAACGACGCAUUCCAGAACGUACUGAGUGGCGCGAAGCGCUUCUUCAACCAGAACAAGGACGACGCCGACUUGUCUGCCAUUAGUGAGGCGGCUCCGGGCAAGGUAGUCGAUGAUGAAGCGACCACGCCCAAGAUGGUCAGCCCUGUGUUCCACCAGUUCCUGGACUGCACAUAUCAGCUCUUGCGCCAAAACAAGAAUCGGUUCGAGUUCAAUGAGCGCUUCUUGCGCCGCUUGCUGUACCAUCUGUACUCUUGUCAAUACGGGACCUUUCUGUACAACUCGGAGAAGCAGAGAACGGAAGCUAGGGUCUACGAGCGGACUGCGUCGGUCUGGGACUACUUCCUCCACCGCAAACCCGAGUUCACGAACCCCGAUUACGACCCCGUUGUCAACGAUCGGGAGAGAGGCCGCGAGCGCAUAAUGCUGCCCAACCUAAAGGACAUUAGGUGGUGGCACCAAGUAUUUGGUCGGACAGAUGACGAGAUGAACGGCUCCCUCAUCGCCGCAGCAAUGGCGGAGAACGACCGGCAAGCAGCAGUGUCCAACCUCAACGACUCGACCGUCUCUCGAUCCGCCGCCUCGACUCCCCAGCCUGCCGGACCUGGCCAGUCCGUCCUCGCAUCUGUGGAGACUGCGCAUGAGACUCUGACACCUGGUGUCCUGCAAUCCUCGCUGCGCCACAGCACCUCCGCCCAGGGACCCGGUGCCUUUUCCGCCAUUCGAGACGGACUCGCCGGCCUGAGUGUCGGCAGAGGCGCAAUUCCCAGCAUCGGCCAGGCUGAUGAAGCUGGAAACUCGGCGAUGCCUCGCAACGAGCAGGAGCUGCGAGAGAUGACGUAG